UCUCUGCCUGCCAGACGAACCAGACAGACUCAGACUGAGACACAACAUGGAUCCAAACACGACGAUUCUUCGAGUCAAGAGAAAAAGGGGAACCGACCCCGCAGACGCUUUGUUGCUGGCAUGCAAACGUAUCCGGCCAGAAACGUCCCAGAGUACAGGCGAAGCGGUCCCGGAGCCCAACGAAGCUGAGGUGGAAAACUCUGUGUUCAAACUCGUGGCGACCGUAGCGACACAGGAUGCUCCCGUUCAGACCCAGGUUCGACAGGCUUUGGCUCGGCCUCGCAUGGCCCAUGCUUUGCGUCCUUCUGCUGCCAGUUCACAGCGGAUAACUGGGGACCUACGGAGCACCAAGUGGAGCACCCGCAGAGAGGAACGCUAUAGAAUACUGUCAAGCCACCGCGCAGGCCUGUCAAGCCCAGCUGAGCAACAAGCGCCCCAGACAGAUGCUCCCCAGACUGUAGAGGAAACUGAGAAAGAGGCAGACAAAUGUUGGGGUCUUGAUGAAAUCCAGGUGGUGGAUCUCAUCCAUGAAGAUGUUAAGGAGCAGGACAAACCUUCUGGCAAAAUGCUGUCUUCAGACCCAGAAGUGAUCCUGUGUAACAACACCAAGAUGCUGCGGGAGCAUUUGAGCAUAUCUGGGGAAAGAUUGGGAGAAGAGCAUCGGGAGCAGGACGAUGACUACGUCUACGAUCUUUACUACCAGGAAACGGUCACACCAGGGUGGAUCCAGGAUAUCCUGUCUGUCAGGGCCUACGCCGAUGAAGGAGAACUGGUUCCUGACCUCGUGGUUCAUGAAGAGGAGGUGUAUGAAGAUGAGGAUGAUGAAAAUGAGGAAGGCAACUGGCGGAAUGACUACCCUGAUGAAGACAGUGAUGCCGACAGUGACAGAGAGGAGCGUUAUGGUGGUUACUGGGAAGAGGAACACUCGUACAGCAGGAGGAGCUGGCAGCGCUACCAGAGGGAAGUGUUGCAUGAGCUUGGCUGCCAUGGUGAAGAAGACAACGACGAUGAUGAUGACGGAGACAAAUAUGAUUCAGAUUGAUCUGUCCCUUACCACAUCCUGCUCAGUGGAUCUUCCCGGUGCCCUCUCCACAAAUAGCCCCAUACUCUGCAGACCUCUGUGUAGCUGAGAGUGGAAAAAAAUGAGAAAACUGCUAACAGUGUAGCAACGUACAUGUAGCACUCAUCAGACUUUAUGAUCAAGUAUCUAAUUUCAAGUAAAAUUAGGUAACAUCCUGGUAACUUUAGAAACAAUACCAUAUUUUUUUAAAAAUGUGCCAAAGUAUAAAAGCGUUAUUUGAGUCAUAUAGCUUGGGGACCACAAAUUGAGAAAAUUGCACACAUCCUAUACAUCAAUCCAGCUCUUUACUACACAGACGUGAAGGAGUUGGUGUUAUUUCCAGAAAGAUCCAGUGUCUUUUUCUUCUUCUUUUUUACUGUGGUGGAGUGAAUUUGUGUGUGGAUGUUUGUUCAAAGUGGACGUGUGUUAGAAAUGUUGCACAUUAGCGUGGUAUGCCUCGUAUGCUUUGUGCUGUUACCACUUCUGUUAGUGAGACGUCUCGGGCCGCGUGUGUUUGCAAUGUAGGGUGUUUGCAUUUUGUGCAUGGUAGUGUGUGUAACUGUGUGUGUUAGAUUUUUGCAUAAUGUGAAAGCGUGGUGAAUAAUUUUUUUUUGUUGUGGGUGUGUGAGUUUCAGAAAUUCCCCUGUUUCUCUUGAAUGCUUGUUGAGUUCAACUUUUUUGUAAAUAUGUAGAUGUGUAUAAAAAGAACGCUUUCAAAAUAAACGCGAAACAUCUCAGUGUUAA